AUGGCAUCAACUGCUCUAGAGCUGGAGUUAAAAUGCUCCGUCUGCCUACAUAUUUACACCGACCCCAUCACACUGCUCUGCGGACACACCUUUUGUAAACAAUGCAUUGAGAAGAUGUCUCGGGCCAGCUUUUCAUUGUCCUGCCCAGAAUGCAGACACAUUAUACCAUUGGACUCCGAGCUACACAGAAACACAAAGAUGUGCAACUUAGUGGAACAUCUGACUUCUCACCCUUUAAAGAAGGAUGGUCGCACUGAUGCAUGUUUUUACUGUGAAAGUGCCGCUGGGAAACUGUGCCUGGACUGCGAGACCCCUCUUUGCAGCAAGCACCAGGAGAGACACACCGAGUUGGUGCAACAUGUCCUAACUGAGCUCAGCACAGAUCUGAAGAGCAGAAAAUGUCCUGUCCACAAGGACCUCCUCAGAUAUUACUGCACAGACGACAGGCUCUACAUCUGUGCAUCCUGUGGUCUCAUCGGUGAUCAUAAAGGACACACAGUAGAGAAGCUGAGCGACCUCUCCAAUAAGGAAAAAGAGAUACUUCUACCACUGGGGGUUCUACUAGCUAAUAGGAAAUCUGAAAUGAAGAAUAAUGUGAAACUGGUAAGACACCACAAAGCAGGUCUCCUAGAGAAAGCGGCAGCCAUGAGAAACCAGGUGGUUGGGUUGGUCGGGGAUAUGAAGAAAGAAUUGGAAGCUGUUGAGCACAGGCUCCUGUCUGAGAUCACCAAAGAAAAGGAAGAGGUUGUUGACCAAGUGUCUCUAGUUAUCCAGCAGCUGGAAGCCCAGAUCUCAGAGCUCGAGGACGAGAUGACUCAGGUGCAGAGACUGUGUGAUAGCACUGAUCCCCUCACCGUUCUGACCAGAAAAGCUUCUCAUAUCAGCAGAGCAAAUUCUUUGUUAUACGCUCAAGAAAAUCUACAUGUUAGAGAGCUAAAUGCAGAGAUGAUUUCAGUGAGUUUGCUGUCUUCUGUAAGUAAAUUUAUAAAUGGUUUGCCGUCACUACAGAAAAAGAGGGGGUUUCAUACACAAGGCGCCACAGCUAGCCUUCUUCCUGUAAGCAAUGUUACCGUAGAUCUCCCUAGUUCAUUUGUGUUAAGCUUGGGUGGAGCUGACAUCAACAGCCCAUGGUCAACAACCAGUGCCAUGGCCUUAUCCUCAGGCCAACACUACUGGGAGGUGGAAACUAGUGAUAAGUCAUACUGGGCUGUCGGGGUGUCUUAUGCCAAAGAAAAUGAUUGUACUUUAGGAUGUAGCCCAGACUCCUGGUGUUUGCGCCUGACCAACCACAAGCAAUACCAAGCCGUACAUGACAGCCAAGCAGUGUCAGUGUUGACCAAUUCUACUGUGAAAGCUCUCGGGGUAUAUCUGGACUAUGAGGCUGGGACAGUGAGUUUCUACCAGCUGUCCAACUCUGUGAAACACCUCUGUUCAAUGCAUGCUAAAUUCACUCAGCCCCUACACUUUGUUGUGUGUACGGACAAGGCUGAGUGGUUAAAGAUAAGAAACUAA